CGGCGGCUCCUGCGCCGAACGCGGCCGGAGGGGGCAGAGCUGAGUCGGGCCGGGCCGCGCCGCGCAGGAGCUCCGCACCCCGCGCCGCACCGUCCCCGGCCCCGGCGGGAGCCGCCGCCGCCGCCCGGAAGAAACUGAAGUGAGAAAGACGUGACUGAAAAAGAACAAUUGGAAGGAACAGAUUCAUUUCUUAACAAGAUCAAGUUUGAAUUAAAUGGCUGAUAAACAGAUCAGUUUACCUGCCAAGCUGAUCAAUGGAGGGAUAGCUGGGCUGAUCGGGGUCACCUGUGUAUUUCCCAUUGACCUGGCAAAAACUCGCCUGCAGAACCAGCAGAAUGGUCAACGGAUGUACAGCAGCCUGUCUGACUGCCUCAUUAAAACAAUUCGGUCGGAAGGCUACUUUGGCAUGUACCGAGGGGCUGCAGUGAACCUGACUCUAGUGACACCAGAAAAGGCUAUCAAACUGGCAGCCAAUGACUUCUUCCGGCAUCACCUCUCCAAAGAUGGGAAAAAGCUGACACUGCUGAAGGAGAUGCUGGCAGGCUGUGGUGCAGGUACCUGCCAGGUGAUUGUCACCACUCCCAUGGAGAUGCUCAAAAUCCAGCUGCAGGACGCAGGACGCAUUGCGGCACAGAAGAAGCUCAUGGCGGCGCAGGCCCAGCUCUCCUCCUCUCCCGCCGCGGCGGCCGAGCCGGCCGUGGAACGGCGUCCCACAGCGACCCAGAUAACCCGGGAGCUGCUGCGGAGCAAAGGCAUCGCCGGACUUUACAAGGGCCUGGGAGCCACGCUGCUAAGGGAUGUCCCAUUCUCCAUUGUUUACUUCCCGCUGUUUGCAAACCUGAACAAGCUGGGCCAGAAAGACCCCAAUGUCAAGGCUCCGUUCUACGUGUCCUUCCUCUCUGGAUGUGUGGCUGGCAGUACGGCUGCAGUGGCUGUCAAUCCUUGUGAUGUGAUCAAAACGCGGCUGCAGUCCUUGCAGAGAGGAGUCAAUGAGGACACCUACUCGGGGAUCCUGGACUGCACCAAGAAGAUCUGGCAGAGGGAAGGGCCCACGGCCUUCUUCAAAGGGGCCUACUGCCGAGCCCUGGUCAUUGCUCCUCUCUUCGGCAUUGCACAAGUCGUCUACUUCGUCGGCAUCGCGGAAUUCCUGCUGGACAUGCUCCCCAAGCGCCAGGCCUAGCCUGGAGCGGCUGCGUGUGCCCUCCCACCCUCUGCAGCACUGGAUUCAUCCCCGUGUUCGCCAUCCGUGUCGAUCGAUGUCACAGCAACAGCACAAACGGUUCGCGCAGGGACGCGAAGGGACCCGGUGCCCAGAUGGGCAGACUGGGGAGAGAGAGUCCCUGCUCUGCCGCCGUCUGGAACCUGCCCCCUCCCACUCCUUCCACGGACAAUAUUAAUUAUUCCUCUCUCUCUCUCUCCUUUUAAUUUCCCGGUUUUUGGUUUUAAAUUGUCAUUCUUAAGGACACUGGUAAGCACAGACUGGGCUUGCAGACCCAGAAGUCUCCUCUCAGUCUUGGGAAGGAGGAGAGAUGGGAAAGAAAUAACUUCAAUCCUCAUCCACCUCAGUUUCCCUUUCUACCUGGAGCUGCCAGCCAUCUGAGGAGGAGCUGGAGGGGCAGCUGUGUCCCCUCAGCACCUCCUUGGCUCUGCUGACCUCGGGUCAAGAGUGAAUGCUGCACAAAGGGGGCUUAUCUCAUUGCUGCUGGAGGCAGGGGUGGGGGGGAUGCUGGCUCUGGCAAGUUCCUUGGCCUGGAAACCUUCAGUCCUCCCUUCUCCCUUUUUAAAAAACUAGUUGGACUUAAAUGAAUUCUGACUGUU